AUGAUGUCUUAUGAUGAUGCAUGUGGUGAAAGGCCAAGACUACUUGUGGUGGCAAACCGGCUUCCGGUUUCUGCAAAGAGGACCGGAGAAAAUUCUUGGUCUCUGGAAAUGAGUCCUGGUGGCAAAUUUAAUCUUCUAGGUGGUGUGACAGCUCAGUAUGAUACAAAAUGGAUUGGAUGGCCUGGAUUUGAUGUGUACGAUGAAGUUGAAAAACAUGCAUUCUCUAAAUCUUUAGCUGAAAUGAAGUGUAUCCCAGUGUUCCUGAAUGAGGUUUUUGAUCAAUAUUACCAUGGCUAUAGCAAUGGUAUUUUGUGGCCAAUUCUUCAUCACAUGGGACUUCCACAAGAAGAUGAUAAUGACACAGACAAAACUUUCCAAACACAAUAUGAUGCAUACAAGAAAGCAAACCGAAUGUUUCUUGAUGUCAUAAUAGACAACUAUGUAGAAGGAGAUAUUAUUUGGUGCCAAGAUUAUCAUCUCAUGUUUCUUCCUCAAUAUCUUAAAGAAUAUAACAAUAAUAUCAAAGUUGGAUGGUUUCUCCAUUCACCAUUUCCUUCCUCCGAGGUCUACAAAACACUACCAUCGCGGUCAGAGCUUCUUCGUUCGGUUCUUAAAGCUGAUUUACUUGGUUUCCACACAUAUGAUUUCGCAAGACAUUUUGUGAGUACAUGCACUCGAAUUCUUGGAGUUGAAGGAACACAUGAAGGAGUUGUGGUUCAAGGUAGAGUCACUCGAUUACCCAUGGGAAUAGAUCCCGAGCGAUUUCUUAGUACAUGUAAGCUCCCUGAAGUCAUACAACAAAUGAGUGAGCUUAAAGAGAGAUUUGCUGGCAAAAAGGUGAUAUUAGGUGUUGAUCGUCUUGAUAUGAUCAAAGGGAUUCCACAAAAGUAUCUUGGAUUUGAGAAAUUUCUGGAAGAAAAUCCAAAUUUGAGGGAUAAAGUUGUGCUAGUGCAAAUUGCAGUGCCAACAAGAAAUGGUGUCUCUGAAUAUGUAAUGCUUGUAACAUCUUUGAGAGAUGGACUGAAUCUUGUUAGUCAUGAAUUUGUUGCUUGCCAAGAGGCCAAAAGAGGGGUCCUUAUUCUCAGUGAGUUCGCAGGCGCUGGACAGUCUCUUGGUGCUGGUGCUCUUCUUGUGAAUCCUUGGAAUGUCACAGAAGUUUCUUCUGCCAUUAAAGAAGCUCUAAAUAUGUCAGCUGAAGAAAGGGAAAAAAGACAUAGAGUUAAUUUUGAGUAUGUGAAAACUCAUUCUGCGACAAAAUGGGGACUUGAUUUCUUGAGUGAACUCAACGAGGCUUUCCAUGAAUCCGAGAUGCAAAUUAGGAAAAUCCCACAUGAGCUUCCACAACAAGAUGCGAUACAACGAUAUUUGCAGUCUAACAAUAGGCUGAUAAUAUUGGGUUUCUGUGGAGCACUCACUGAGCCAAUGAAUAAUCAAACGAAGGAAACGGAUCUUAAACUAAACCCAAAGCUAAAGGGAUCACUGAAAGCAUUGUGCAAUGAUCCAAAAACAACAGUAGUUGUAUUGAGUAGAAGCGGCAGAGACAUAUUAGAUAAAAACUUUGGAGAGUAUAAAAUAUGGUUGGCUGCGGAAAAUGGAAUGUUCUUAAGGCUUACCACUGGAGAAUGGGUUACAAAUGUCCCUGAAAAAAUGAACCUCGAUUGGGUCGAUGGUGCAAAGAAUGUUUUCAAGUACUUCACUGAUCGAACCCCAAGAUCGUUCUUCGAGGCAAGCGAGACUUCACUUGUAUGGAAUUACGAAUAUGCAGAUGCUGAAUUUGGGAGAGCACAAGCAAGAGACAUGUUGCAACACUUAUGGUCAGGACCAAUCUCGAAUGCAUCAGUUGAUGUUGUUCGGGGAAAUAAUUCUGUUGAAGUCCAUGCCAUGGGUGUGACUAAGGGGACAGCAAUUAGUCGUAUUUUGGGAGAAUUAUUGCAUAAAAAAUCAAUGAGUACACCGAUUGAUUUUGUCUUUUGCAGUGGUUACUUGUUGGAGAAGGACGAAGACAUUUACACAUUCUUCGAAUCAGAAACCUUGCCGUCCAAGUUACCUCUUGAAACUAGGUCGAAGUCCCUAAAGAAGAAGAGGAAGGUUUCAUUGAACGCUCUUGACCUCAAGAAAGAGAAUUAUUUCUCUGCAUCUAUUGGACAAGCUCGCACAAAAGCUCGCUAUGUCAUUGACUCAUCUCACGAUGUUGUGGAUUUUCUCCACAUGCUCUCAGUUGGAGAUGCAAUGACAAGAACGACUGGCUCAUUUUCUAAUAGCGAUGCAAACGCAAAUUUGAAACACUCCAAUGGCGGGAAGACCAGGAAGCCAAACUCUGAAGUAUGUUGA